CGAGGAUAAACACAACAACCGGACGCGUAGGAUAGUGUAACCAAUUUCCUGGAUUUCGUUUUGAUGAUUUCUUUUCGGUAAUUAAGUGAACAGUUGUGUAUGUUUUGUGUCAUAAACUUAGGUAUUUACGAACGCCCGAAUUCAUCUCCAUGGAACAAAAGAUAAUGUUGAGCAAGUACAACAUCGUUUAAUAACAUCGUCCAACGAAAAGAAAAUGCGUAGCGCCAAGCUGCAGGCAGCUCUGGUCAAACGGCGCGAAGCUGAACAGAUCAAGUACCAAAAAUCGGCCGCCGUAGAACGAUACUACGACCAGUGGGGACGCAUUACGAGCCGCUAUGAAUCGUGGACGACGCCCCAGUACUACCGGGAGGCAGAGGAGGCUCUACGGAAGCGGGAGGAAGAGAAGAGAAAAGCGACUGAACUGCAGGCCAAACGAGAAAGACUGAAACAAAUGUUGCAGGACGAAGCUGAACAGCUACAGAAGGAAGUGGAAGAUAUAUCCCGCCCUAAGCCGAAGGCCCUAUCUACUGAAAUUUUGGAAGGAGUCCGGGCACGCCUGCACAGCGCCGAAGAAUCGAAAAAAAGGUUGGACCUCGAGGCGAACCUUUACAGCAAAUGGCGCCUCGGGUUCGAUCGCGAUGCGGUCAUUAUGGACUCGAAAACGUGCCAUCAAGCAAUGGCGAAAUUAAAUUGGAUCGAUCGGCAGGUUGAAAUGCAAAUUCAGGAUGAAAAGAAUCGCCGGGAAAAGCAGGAGCGGGAGCUGAAGCUGCAGGAAGAGUUUUGCCGGAGGGAGGAGCUGCUGCUGGAAAAGAGUCGUAUGCGGGAGCAGGAAAUGAAAGAGCUUCGCAGCAUGCAGGAGAUGCACAUGGCAGAGCUGAAGUCACGCGAGCAGGAAGCAAAUGAGCUAAAGCUGUACGAGGUGCGACUGAAGACGAAAAAGGACGAGAUGGCUACGGAACUGGAGCAAUUGCGGGUGUACAACGAUCGGCGACGCGAUCGCGUAAUGGCAAUGCAUAACUUGAGGCGCAUAAAAAUGUUACUCCGCGAGCGCUCGGAAGCGGUGCGUAACGAUCUGCGACAUGACUUGCAACUGCUUCAGCGCAUCAGCAUCGAUAACCCGAGCACCACGGACAGUGCCGAAGGUAUCGAAUAUUUGCGCCGAAAGUUUCAACUUCAGUAUGAUCUUGAGGUGGAGCAGCAAAUGGCGAUCGAAAAUAUGUACGAAUCGGAGGCAAAGCACAACUUAAGCAAAUGGGAAGACAAAUGGAACAGUGAAGCUAUCAUUCGUGAGCAACAGUUACGCUGCCUGUUGGAGGAUCGAUUGAUGGAUUUCGAAGCGAAACACGUGGAAUGCAGCAAACGGCAGCGUGAGCUUAUCGAGGUACGCGAGCAGCACCUGCAGGCGAUCGAAAGUGCCAACCAGCGGUUGAAAGAGUUAAUGUCUGAUAAAUCGCGCGAUGAGUAUGUCACUUCGUCAAACAAUAGUCAAUUGCGGGAGCUUCUGGUGCAAAGGGAAGGAUGUGCUGAUAACGGCAGGCAAAUGAGAAGACCAACGUCCCAAACUUCCCAACGAAGUAGUACAUUCAACAGUAUCUUUCCAUUCGACGAUAAUUUCAAGGAGCUCAAGUUGACCAAAACCCUUCCACGGGCUGAAACAAACACUGCGGACGAACUGACGGUUCCUAGGUACGGGCGAAAAAAGGUUGCGUGGAGUUAAAGAAAACAGGGCAUGAGACUGUAAAAACCGUGACUGUAGUAACAGUGAAAAACCAAAAUAUUGAGGGAAUUUAUUAGAUAAGGUCUUUAGAAUGCUUUGAACCAUUGUGUGUUUUGAGAUAAUAUAUAUUGUUUGUAUAAAAAUAGAACAUGUCCCUUACUAUCGAUUACUUACAACAGCAGUGAAAGAGAAAACGUUUUUUUUUGUUCAGUUUUUAUUUAAUUUGCACAUCCUUUUCAUUUCCGCGUAUCCCCGAUUACGUUAAAUUUACCAUUCAAAAAAGUCUACGGUAUUGAAUGUGUGUAGAUGAGUGUUUUUAUCUGAGCAGAGAAGUUGUCUUUCGAUCGCACGAUAAAGAUAUACAUUUAUUUCCGUUUUCAAUUACCACACAAAUGCCUUCGAACGGCAACAUAAUGGUAAGUGAAUUUAUGUUGAAGCAUUUGCCGUCAGGCUUAGAUGUAUUGAGUCCAAAUGAAUGGUAAUUAUAGUAUGCAGUGCUCCAUUUUGUAGAGCUUGUGUCUCAUAUCUUCCGAGUCAUAAUUUUCAUAUAUUA